UAUAUCAACAGCCUCACAGCUCUGCUGUUACCAAAGCUACAUCUACACUAAUCCAGAUAAAUUUGAAAACCUUUUCAUCUAAAAAGCUGGUCAUCCACACGUCUGAAAACGCUUAUGUCCCUUUACUGAGCAUGAGUAAAAUGCAAGGCCCUUUGACCUGCGUUAUUUCCACCUGGCAUUCAUUUACUUUCCAGCUCUUUGAAACGUCGCGUUAAUAUGUUAGCUGAAUUAGUGUGGACAUUGCCCAAAUCUGAUCUCGAGCUCAGGUUAUUGCCUGUGUGGUGUUUAUCAGUAUUCUCCGGUUUCUUCCUAAAAACAUGUGGGUGGACUGGCUAUGGUAAUUGCUGCUAGGUGUAGGUGUGUGUGUGUGUGUGUAUUGCUCUGUGCUUGGACGGUCCAAUCCUUAGUGUCUAACCAAGAUGUAAUGGCACUGAAAAUGAAUACGUUAUUGUAAAAUGUUCAAUUAAAAAGGUCUUAAGGGGGAGUUUAAGAGAGCAGUUGGAAAUCUGUUAACUAUUGGCCCUGGUUAAUUUGCAUAUUGAUAAUAAGCAUUUCAUUUUCAUGCACGUGUAGAGCUACGUGUGUUUUUAGAAAAUCUCCUUUAAAAAUUAAGCGAACUGGUAAGAUUUCAGCAAACCCCGUUAAAACAAGCGCAGCUCCAGUGUGAACACGUUGAUGUAGCGAAUUUAUUUGUUUGCUGUCGCAAGAUGAAAUCCCCAAAUCCAGUCGAAGUCCAAAGUACCGAGGGGCAAAAAGGAGCCCGAAAAAAUGCAAGCUGGGUGAAGAGACGAGUUAAAGGACAGGAGCAAACGAUGUAUGCGACGCUACUUGUGUUACUGUUGGGAGCACUGGGAGUGUUGGGAGCUCCAGCUGCGGAUGAGAUUAAGUCUCUCCCCGGGCUUUCCAAACAGCCAAGCUUCAAACAGUAUUCAGGCUACUUUACAGUGGCUGGCAACAAACAUCUCCACUACUGGUUUGUGGAGUCUCAGAAGAACCCGGCGAGCAGCCCGGUGGUGCUGUGGCUGAAUGGAGGACCUGGCUGUAGCUCCCUGGAUGGCCUGCUCACGGAACAUGGCCCUUUUCUGAUCCAGGAUGAUGGUGCUACUCUACAGUACAACCCUUAUUCAUGGAAUAUGAUUGCUAACGUGCUAUACCUGGAGUCACCAGCAGGGGUCGGAUUUUCCUAUUCUGAUGACAAGAAAUACGCAACCAACGACUCGGAGGUAUCCAUGAACAAUUACUUGGCCCUCAAGGAAUUUUUCCGACUUUUCCCAGAGUACAGCAAGAAUGAGCUUUUUCUCACAGGCGAGAGCUAUGGAGGCAUUUACAUUCCUACACUAGCUGAGAGAGUUCUGGAGGACAGUAGCCUCAACCUGCAGGGUAUAGCUGUUGGAAAUGGCUUGUCCAGCUAUGAACUGAAUGACAACUCGCUUGUCUAUUUUGCAAAUUACCAUGGACUGCUUGGAGAGAGUUUAUGGGCGACUCUGCAGAAGUAUUGCUGUAAAGACGGACAAUGUAACUUCUAUAAUAAUCCUGAUACCUCAUGCUUGGAUCCAGUAUCACAAGCACAGCAAAUUGUCUACAGUUCUGGACUUAACAUUUAUAACCUGUAUGCCGAUUGUGCUGGUGGAGUUCCUUACAGUACAAGCGUUGAAAAUGGACGCCUUGUUAUUCGUGACCUGGGAAAUAACUUCAUUAACCUGAAUUGGUCUAACUUAUGGAACCAGAAACUACGAGCACUGGGCUCUGUUUUCAAAACCUUAAAGCUUGACCCUCCCUGUGUCAACUCUACCCCGUCUGCUACAUACCUGAACAACCCCUAUGUCAAGUCUGCUCUCCACAUCUCUCCUGAUGCACUUGACUGGGAUAUCUGCAGUGCUGAGGUUAAUCUUAACUAUAACCGUCUCUACAUGGAUGUAAAGAAGCAGUACCUGAAGAUACUCGGAGCUCUGAAAUACCGUGUGCUGGUGUACAACGGGGAUGUGGACAUGGCCUGUAAUUUCCUUGGUGAUGAGUGGUUUGUUGAGUCCCUUAAACAGGAGGUCACAGUUCAGCGCAGGCCAUGGCUCUAUUACAAUGGUGAGACACAGCAGAUUGGUGGAUUUGUCAAAGAGUUCACAAAUCUCUCUUUCCUUACUGUCAAGGGUUCUGGUCACAUGGUCCCCUCUGAUAAGCCUAUAGCAGCCUAUACCAUGUUCCAGCGCUUCAUCACAAAACAGCCGUUCUAAUGUUCCUACACAUUUUACACUGUUGGCUUAGUUUGCACUGAAUCACUGUGAAGCACUCUAAUGUGUUUUGGAGUAAUCAAAUUUUGAUGGUGUAUAUUGGCUGAAUGUGUUCACCUUUUUUUUUAAAGAUUUUUUUGUUUGUUUUCGUAACUGUGGUUGAAAAGACUGGCAAUACCAUUUAGCUUCAAGUGACUACAUGGGGUUCAACUGUAAUAGCACAUUCUGGACUGACUAGUAUAGUUUUUAAUGUUGAAACUUUUCAGAUGAUUCUCUGUAUCUAGCAGGUAGCUGCAAUGACAUUUUAACAAGGGGGGGAAAAAGGGAUUCGUAUUUCAUCUGACAAGAGGAAAUACACAACCAAAAUGAAUAUAGGAAUCAUGUGGACCUAGUUUUCUCCAGUUGCUCAGGGUUGCUUUAAUUGCUUUUGAAUUUCUGAAAGAACUUUUUGCUGUGCCUUUACAAUCAGUGUCUGUUCUUCUUCUUCUUUCCAAAUUCCUCUAUAUUGAAAUUAAUUUUAGUUAGUGAUGGACAAAAUGAUACACCAUAAACAUUUUCUGAAAUGAGUCAGUAGUCAGAAAAAUGUGUAAUUAUUUCAAGUAAAAAGUUGCUUAUUACUAGGGUAGUGUCAUGAACAGGGAGAAAACAACUCUCCAACCCACUUUGGAGUCUCUUCUGUGGAAAGGUUGUUCAAUAUACUUAAAAGCAAUUAGUAAGUAUUAUAGUGGUAUGGAAAAAUUACUGUUUCAUAAUCUAGAAUCGGUGUGUCAACAUGGCAUAUUUUACACAUUUUUUUUUUUUUACUUUGUUUUUAAUUACAUUAAAAUGAUGGAGAAAUA